AUGAAACCAAAGAAAACAGGGAAUUGCCUAUCAUCCAGAUACGACCUCCUGGCUCUCAUCCACUUCUAUAUCCUCCCAUAUUUUGCUGUGACACUGUGUGAAUCUGGACAGGAACAUGUUGAAGAAGGCAGAGCCAGCCUCUACAAGUCUGUGGUUUCCAACAGCUGCAAGGAAAUGUCUUGCUACUCAGAUUUUCCACUCCCAGAAGAUUAUCCAAACUAUGUGCCCAAUUCUCAAUUCUUGGAAUAUCUCGAAAUGUAUGCAAACCAGUUCAGUCUUCUGAAAUGCAUUCAAUUCAAAGACACAACACCAAUUAUGUGCAGGGUAACUAAACGCCCAGAUUUAACUGUCACUGGCCAAUGGGUCACCCUGCAUGAAGGGAAGCAAGAAUCCACCGUCUUUGAUGCUGUCAUGGUCUGCACCAGUUUCCUCACUAACCCACAUUUGCCACUGUACUGCUUUCCAGGUAUAAACGUAUUUAAAGGCCAAUACUUUCAUAGCCGACAGUAUAAACAUCCAGAUGUAUUUAAGGACAAGAGAGUUCUUGUGAUUGGAGUGGGAAAUUCUGGCAUAGACAUUGCUGUGGAGGUCAGCCACGUGGCAAAACAAGUGUUCCUUAGCACCACUGGAGGGGCAUGGGUGAUCAGCUGAGUCUGUGACUCAGGGCUCCCAUGGGACAUGGUGUUCAUGACUCGACUACAGAACAUGCUCAGAAA